ACGACGAGUUCGCCAUUGGCUGGCAGCGCCCAGACUCCACCUGCUACUCGCCCCAGACCGCCGGCCGGGCAGCGCCGGAGUGAGGCAUCCCGCCUCAGAUAUCAGGUAUUAGAACUGGACGUCACCCGCCGCCCUUUGCGUGCGGCUUAGUUAGACUUGCAUCACUACCCUCUUGACAUCUGGUGUUGACCCUGCAACCCUCCCCACACGCUUGGGGACAACCAUCCGCCCCGAUACUCGUUGUCACCAUGAAUGCCGCAGGCGGCAUCUGGGCACCCGCAGCCAUGCGGGCUGUCCGGAUCGCUGCCUCGCGCGCGGCCAAGGUGGUACGGACGAGGCUCGCAAGGCCCGUCCAGACGGCUCUCGAGCCUGUCCUCGCCCGUGCCAGCCCGCCGCGCCAACCCAUCCAUCCCGUCGCCUUCCUCCGCCAGCAGAAGAGCCGCAGCAUCCACUCCAGGGCCUCCUCGGCCGCCGCCCGCCAGUUCUCCACCGCACCCCGGCCUCACAACACAAAGUUCCUCAAGACAAAGGUCGGCCGUGCCGUCUCCCAGUUCGCCGGCCGGGCUCCCUUCGCCAGCACGCUGCGGCCAAACCUGACCGGCGGCGCCCUGCCUCGGUCCGCCGGCGGCUACGGCCUCGGCUCCGGUCGCAUUGGCGGCGCACGGUUCUUCAGCCAUGGCCCAGCCAGCCACGCCCAGGUCAUCCAGAACGUCUCGCAGGCCGUCCGCGCCUUCUGGAUCUCGGGUCAAAAGGCUCAGUUCGACGGCCUCAACGCCCGGGGCGAGGCCCGCUUCCGCGCCGUCUCGGCUGUCCAGGACCAGACCAUGCGGAAGCUCUCGAGCUCUUCCUCGGCCGACCGCACGCCCGGCUCCAACCUCGACUUCCGCCUCAACCCUACCGUUACUGCCCUCGGCCCUCUCGCUGCAGCCUUUCCAUUCCCCUCUGCUGCCACUGCUACCGCCAACGUCGAGCCCAGCAUCAACACCGAGGGCUUCCUCGACGUGCUCUCCGGCGACUUCGCUCGUGCCCUGAAGGACCUUACUGCCACCCUCACAGACCUGCAGAAGCUCGCAGCGCUUGGCGACCUGCCCAUCCAGCUCGUGGAGUCCAAGGGCGGCCACAUACUGCGGGUCCGUUUCCCAGGGGUCGAUGCCGACACAGUUGAAGCGCUCUGUCUCGAUCUCGGGCUCACGCGGGGGAUCGUGACGGAGGAUCCAGAGUUCGGCAGAGAUGCACCCGUCGCGCUCAAGUUUCCCUUCGCCUCGACGGUGCUGAGCCAGGACAUCCACUCGGGAUUGCCCUGGCAGAGCAGCUACAAGCGAGCUGCUGCCGGUGCUGCCUCGGCGUACUUUGGCACCGACGAAACGGAAAGCGACACAGACGAGGACGAAAUCACCGCCAUGUUCUUCGACCAGAACCACAUCAACAGCAACCAUGACAAUGAGCUGGACGACGAUGGCUUCAGCGAGAUUGUGCAGCGCAACCCCUGGCUUGCAUCACCUUCGGAUUCUUCGUCCCUGCCGUCUCUGAAUGCCCUCGACACGGACCUGCUCGACGGGCACUACGACAACAUGUCCUCUCCUUUCCGUGCUCGCUGGUCGGCAACUCUGCAGAACAGCAGCAACAGCUUUCGCGGCCAGGAGAGCAGCAACAGCUUUGAGGGUGUGGAGGGCGUGUACCGGUUCCUCGAGGAGUGCGAUCGCGCUCGCGACCGGUUCUGAAGUGAAACCCGCCCACCUUAUCCUCGACCCACCUGCGCAGAGCCUUACCUACGCUGCCGUCAGCAACGGCACCUUACUUGAGAAUCCCUCAAUUUCUUUUUAAACUCACGUUUCUUUCCUGGUCUAAUUUCUCUUUUCCACAUGUUCCCCAAAUGGUCCGAGAAUCCUUUUCCUUUGUCCCUCCGCCAAGUAUCUGCUUUCUCCUCCUCUUCAAGGUGUUUCCUUCAAAGUCUCCACAGUCUAGCCAGCUUCUCUCACGAAACCACGCAAGGGUGUGUGUGUGCCGACGCGUCUACAAAGGAGAUGGAGAACACACACGCGUACUUUGCACAGAAGAAAGGUAGAAAGGAAGAGAAAAGGAACAAGUCUUUCCUCCACACAAAGCUACGACUUUUUUGACGAAACAACCCCUUAAGAUACCACAUAUAGCAUAAAUGACAGAUUGCAAAUCAAUAACCCACCGUUAUCAACUGA